ACUAACAAACAGAUGAUAAAGAAAAGCUAGCAGAUACCGAACACUUGGCUGAGGGACUCUCUCUCUCUCUCUCUCUCUCUCUCUCUGCGACUCUCCUUGCUUGGGAAGUUCGAAGGCUAGAUAAAACUGAAAAGUGAAAACAGGAGAAGAGAAAGAUUGUCCUUCCGCAAGCAAAUGGCCUCGCUUUGUCUGCAUCCUUUACCACUCCCACCUUCUUCCCAAUCUCGCAGACUCCUCGAAACCUCUUCUUUUUCUUCUUCUUCUUCUUCUUCUUCAGUGCUUUUUAACAGUAGUAAUAACAACAGUGAUGCAGGCGGAGGGAGCUUAAAGACGAAGCCCAUUGUAGUCCGCGGAGACCCACCCACUUUCGUCUCUGCUCCCGGUCGCCGCAUCGUCGCCGUUGGGGAUUUACAUGGAGAUCUUGUUCAAGCAAGAUGUGCACUUGAGAUUGCUGGUGUCUUGAGUUCUGAUGGUCAGGACUUAUGGACUGGUGAAGAGACGGUGUUGAUUCAGCUUGGAGAUAUUCUUGACAGAGGGGAAGAUGAAAUUGCUAUUUUAUCCUUGUUGAGGUCAUUGGAUGUCCAGGCAAGAGCUCAAGGGGGGGCAGUUUUUCAGGUUAAUGGUAAUCAUGAGACUAUGAAUGUGGAAGGGGAUUUCAGAUAUGUUGAUUCUGGGGCAUUUGACGAGUGUAUGAACUUCCUGGAGUACUUGAAUGAUUAUGAAGAUGACUGGGAAGAAGCUUUGAUUGGUUGGGUUGGUGUAUCAGAACAGUGGAAAGAAGAUCGUAAAAUGUCUCAAAAUUAUUGGGGCUCAUGGAAUCUAGUCAAGAAGCAAAAGGGGUUCAGUGCAAGAUCAACCCUCCUAAGACCGGGGGGUCCAUUGGCAUGUGAGUUGGCACGACAUGCCGUUGUUCUUAAAGUCGAUGACUGGGUCUUCUGCCAUGGUGGCCUUCUUCCUCACCAUGUUGACUAUGGCAUAGAGAGGAUGAACAGGGAGGUAUCUCAAUGGAUGAAAGAUGACUAUGAGAUUGAUAGUAGCCUUCACAUCCCCUUCAUAGCCACCAGAGGCUAUGACAGUGUUGUUUGGAAUCGCUUAUUCUCAAGGGAUAUUUCAGAUUUGGAGGGCUACCAGAUUAAGCAGAUAGCUUCAAUUUUAGAGGAGACACUGCAGGCUGUGGGAGCAAAGGCAAUGGUAGUGGGGCAUACUCCACAAAUUGCAGGAGUAAAUUGUAAAUACAACUGUAGCAUAUGGCGUGUUGAUGUGGGGAUGUCCAGUGGAGUUCUUAAUUCAAGACCAGAGUGACUGGCACUUUUCUACUCUCGUUCUGCCCUACAACUUUGUAUCGGUCAUUUGCUGCCAUCUGCAGAAAAUGUAUAGUGAACAGCUAACAAGACCGGGUUGGUUUUUGUGGUGGUUCAUAGAUGAUUGGAAGAGAGGCAAAUCAAAAUCUGUUACCAAAACCAGAAAGCAUGAAUUGGUGAUUUUAUUGUGGGUCUUGCUUUAUUUUGAAUAUAAUUGUUCAUACUCAAGAUUGGAACAUUUCCAUCAAUUUGUCAAACACAGAGCUAGUUGGAUUUGAAUAAGAUCAAUAGCAUAUGUUAUUUAUUGCGAA